CCCGUGGACGCCCCGUGCCGAAGCCUGGCCGAGGGCAUGGCCCGGCUGCCCCAGAUGAAGCCCAAAGCCGGCACCGAGAUCAGGUUCACGGAGCUGCCGAAGCAGACGUACCCCGAUGGUGCCACCCCGGAGGAGAUCACCAGGCACAGCAUGGACCUCAGCUACACCCUGGAGAAAGUGAUCACCCAGCGCUACGCCAGCCGGCCUCUGGAGCUGCUGGCUGAGCUGCAGUUUGCUUUCAUCUGCUUCCUGAUCGGGAAUGUGUAUGAUGCAUUUGAGCACUGGAAAAGACUCUUAAACAUCCUGUGCCGAUCUGAAGAUGCCAUAGGGAAGUAUCAAGACCUUUACAUCAAUCUAAUUUCUGUGCUUUAUCAUCAGCUCAGUGAAAUCCCAUCUGAUUUUUUUGUGGACAUUGUCUCCCAGGACAACUUUUUAACCAGCACCUUACAGGUGUUUUUUUCCUGCACGUGCAGUGCUGCUGUUGAUGGGACCCUAAGGAAAAAGGCUGAAAAAUUCAAGGCUCACCUAACGAAGAAAUUUAAAUGGGACUUUGAAGCAGAACCUGAUGACUGUGCUCCUGUAGUGGUAGAACUACCUGGGGGUGUACAGGCAGACUAAACAAAAUGCUCACUUAGAAACAAACAGUUUUUUAAAAUAACUCGUCAUGUCUUCUCCAACUUUGCCAGCUUGCUAAAGUCUGAGGCUGACUCCUCUUUGUCCUGUAGAAACAGAUGUGGAAAACCCAGGAGGAUUCCUAAUUUUGUGAGACCACAACUGUUGGAGGAGCUUUGUCACAUGGCUGUUUUGGACAGUUGCAGCAUCUCAUUCUGAACAGAGCUGACCUCUAGCUCCCUGGUCCCUUCCAUCAUCCUGGGCUAGGGGUGAAACCCUGUUUGGAGAGCAUCUGUGGUUUACACUUGCAGCCUUUGCUGCUCCAAUUUUAUGCCUUCUGAGCGAGGAGUGAAAGCCCAUAUGACUGGUCACUGCAGCUUUUGACAGCCCGACCCCAAGCUGUGAACUGAAAAGCUCUGCUCUUCCUAGGCUUGCAUUACAGGAAUGUCACCACAGCUAGUUUGGAACUGUUUUGGAUGCUUAUGCUGCUUACUGUGACUUAUUGCAAUGAUCUGUUGUGGAGGAGGACCCAAAGCUGCAGCAAAAUUCCUCCCAUUUCAUACCCCUAAUACUGAGGUAUCUUAUUGCUCCCUUUUAUUAAAGCCUUUUGUAUUUACUGCUGACAUUCUGAUAGCCUCGUGUAAAAGAAAGGUAAGAGUUUGGUAACCAGAAAUAGAGUUAUUGGACAGUAGUCAUCCAGGUCUUGAAGAAGAGAGCCAACAUGAGAUAAAAGGUCAGACUUCCACAUGAACUGGAUCCUCUGUUUUGUUAUAAUUGGAAAUCUUACAUAUUUUCACUUGUGACAGUCUCUUCUUCUCCCCAUUUCCCACAGGUAGGCUGUAAGAAAACUUGUGGUGGUCAUUCAGAGCUGCACAGGGACUUAGUCCUACCACUCACUUGUUACUUUCUUUGCUGUUAGACUCCUUCAGGAAUUUGUCCGUAUGCAUGUCUAACAAGACAGUGCUAUUUGUUAGUCUUUUAUAGUUCAAAAUAAAUCUCAAGAGUCUUGCCUACA